UGAAAAAACUAAAUUCUAGUUUCACCUAACCUAAAAUUUAAUUUGUUAUAAGUUUUUAAACAUACAUACGUUGUAGAUAUUCUUAAACAUAAAAUCUAUAAAAUGAAUGAUGUGUUGCCAGUAAAUAAAUCUGAGGAUUUAUGGAACCCUUAUAAGGACUUAAAGGGAAUAGUUUGGAAGCAUUUAAAUCAGCCCAGUGAGGACUUAACAUCGGCAGAGCUUGAAAAUAUCUUAAGGAAACAUAAACAAAGUUUUUUUUCACUAUUAAAAAACCCGCCAAAAAAUGAGAAAACCAGGGAGGAACUUAAGAAAGGCAUGGAUGAAGGAAUCACUAUUAAAGGAAUUGGGCAUCAAGUCUUAUCCAAAGAAUUAUACCAGGAAGCAAUCAUCCUAUCAGAUAUGUUUGAAAUAAACGAAUUCGUUGCUCUUGAUCUACUAUGCACUGCUCAAAUACAAAUGCCGUAUUAUCCCUCGUUACCCAGAGGUUUGAUAGCGGUACUUUUGUAUUACGAUGGGCGAAAAGCACUUGUGACAACCUUGCUUUACUUAGUACAGGCGAGAACGGGAGUACAGUGGUGUGUUAAAGUAAAUCCGGACGUAGCGAAAUUUAUCACGGAUUAUACCAACCAAUUAAUGGAGGGUGGUCUAUUUAACAGGAUAUUCGAACUGCUCCGAACUCUCGAUUUAAGUAAAGAAAUUGAAAAGUUGCAACAGAACCUGGCAUUAGGAGGACCCAAACACCGAAGACAGGUCACAGAUUUGUUUAAUGACAUUAAGAAUAUUUUGGCGGAUAUAGUGUUUUCUUGGUCAACACAGUGCGGGCUCCCGAAGGACCCUACCUUGGCACUAAUUAAUUAUUUGAGGGAGAUUAAAAUCGAGGAAGAGGCAUCGGGGAGGAUCGAUGAUGUAAACUUGUAUUUAGAAAUGGCGCUUUUGUCCGCUCUAGAUCUUAGCAUAUUGCACACAAGGGAGGACGGGGAGGAGGCUGUGCAGUCGUUACCUCUUUUGUCUGAUACCAGUUUCUUGACCAGUAUCAUGAACGAAUUCUUACCGACGAAACCCAAAUGGGUAUGCGAAGGACUGCAAGCGCUUUCUACAUUCGGAUUGUCAGUUUGCAUAAGUUCUCUGAGGGAGGUGCCUCACAACUAUCGUUUUCAGGAUGCCAUCAACAGGGAAGACACGUUCGUCGAUGCUGCCAUCGAAAUGAACGUUUUCACGUUUAUGCACAACAUACUACUAGAAAAUAAGACGCUGUACAAGGAAGCUUUCCUCUAUAAACGGAUUCAUAAUUUGAUAGCAGACUUCAUCUUCUCGAUGUACCCGAAAGUUAAAGAUCUACGAAUGAAAGCCGAUGAAAUCUCUAGAACGAUGCAAGUAUACCUCAGAGAAGGAUUAGAAGCUCCCGCCAACCUUCCGAGAUAUUUCGAAUAUUUAUUGUUAACCGUAGGAAAAUUAUAUUCGAACGAUAUCCUCGGCACUGAUUAUAUGCUGAAUUACUGGAGUCCCAUCGAAAUCAGUCCAAAUCAGAGUUAUUCUUAUAGAGCUCCUCCUAGAUCAGUGUCGUUAUUCAAGUUCAUCAGAUUAGCUGGAGAUAUGUUGCCUUCUUCCUUGUUUGUUCCGUACAUAACAAUGUUGAGUGGUUUGUCAUCUUCACAGCAAACGGCACGAUAUUGUUUCAAUAUGCUGAAGCAGGCCAGCACAAAUGUUUCCACGAAUUUGUCAUGGGAUCAUUUUUUUAUGUCUUUUGCUCAAUAUUUUAGCAACUUGAGGCAGGAAACUCCACCGCAGGCCGACACCGUUUAUAGAAACCGCGCUGCUUAUCACAAAGGCGUGUCCCCGCAAGAGAUUGACGGAUUACAUGCCGUUUUGUUAUUGAUUCGUACGGUAGCCGAACGCGACGAAUUUUCUCGUUUAGCUAUGUGUGAACACCCGGGAUGGUCCCCCUUAAACGUGAUGCUUGGAUUAGUCAGUUGCUCGAUUCCCAUACCGUUAAAAUCGGAUCUUCUUCUCACUCUUGCCGCCCUAUCAAAAUCGUCCGAAAAUGCCGCCCAAAUGUGGGAGAAUUUGGAAACAGCUCAAAUUCUGGUGACUAUUCCAACCACGUCCAGUUAUUCGCCGCGCGGUAUUCAGACUGAAUUAGACGAAAUAGAAUCGAGGAUGGAAGAGUAUCCCUUAACUAGAGCGGUGCUCAAACUUCUCCAAGUGUUAACGGGUUUCGGAAUCCCCAGGACUUUAGGGGCGGGAUUGAGAAAGCCAGGCUUUGAUCCCUAUCUGUCUUUCAUCGUUAAUUCCGUUUUUCUGAAAUAUCAUACAAGAUCUUACCGAAAUACCUCUGAGAAAUGGGAGGUGGCGACACUUUGUUUAAAGUUAUUUGAGAAGUUUUUAAAUCAGUACGAUCCUAAACUGUCCGAUUUUCCUGCUAAUACCCAGACAGAAUUUAAUUCUCCUCCCGGAUACCAUCUUAUGUUACAAUUGAAUAUUAAAUCGGAAAUGUUAAAUACUAUACUAGAUAUAAUCGACGAUGGAAAUAGACUUUUCGAUACCUACUUAUCGUUUCCUGGAGAAGAAAUGGUGAAGGAGUGCACAUUAAGUUGUUUAAAUAUCCUUAACAGGGUUUUAGUGCUACAACCCAAAUUUUUCAGUCUACUUACAUCAUCCUCGGCAUCUAUUUUGUUAACGAGCAUUUACAAAUUAUUGUUGUCGAUAAAUAGACGUAGCGGCAAGCCAGACCAUUGCGUGAAUAUCGCAAAAUAUAUUACUUACCAUCUGUAUUUGCCUAAACACAGCUUUGACGCUGUAAAAAUUCUAGCGUUGAUUACAAGUUCACCCGUUGCACACAAUCAGUUCAUCGAUAUCUUGUUGGCAUCUGACGAGAUAAAAGAAACUGUCAGAAGUGGAUUUGUGGAAUGUCUAGAUUCUACGAAUGAUGAUAACGAUGAAGCAAGCUACGAUAUCAAGAAAGAGGUCCUGAAGUUGCUUAAACAAUGUUUACCCUACAAUACGCCGAAUUUGACUCAUUUUUUGAUGGGUUUUGAUAUAAAAAGGGAUGUUUCUCUGACUGAAUUUCAGUUUCCUGGAGUUUUGGGAUUUCCUCGUACAUGUCUACAUUCUAUACUAUCGAUCAUGGAUGCGACUGUCAACCACUUUAUAGAGACCCCAGCCCCCUCAUUGUUGGAAUCCAGUUAUCAUCUGCUUUAUUUACUGGCUUCAAACGUAAAAACUUCGGGGCCGGUGUUACGAUUCAUAAGGUUGAAUAAAACAUUUUUCAAAGAUCAUUUAAGAGAAGCCAGUAAAAAUAAUAUAACUGAUGGAAUAAGUGAAUUUAAUCAGCUUACCUGGUUACUAAAGGUACUUGCCAUCGAAUUAAAAAUUUCCAGUGAAGUUAAACAGGUAACUUAUCUGAAACAGUUAACGUCCUUCCUCGUGAAUGUACCAGUUGAAGAGGCAAAAAAUCCAGAUAUUUUCUCUUUAAUUCAGAAAAACGUCAUUGAAGCGAAAAUUAUAACACCCGACGAUAUAAAAAUGGAAAAUUUUAUGACAAGUUUAAUCCCCUAUUUUGAGUUUAAAGAACCCCCGGUGGAGACGCCCCCAUGGGAUUUUUUUAACAACACUGUGCUAAAUCAGAUUCUACAAAAUUGCCAAAAAAAGAAGCCACCAAAAUUAAUCGAUUUGAAAAGGUUACAUCAAAUAUUGUACGACGAACUGAAAUCGUUGCAAGGAACAGCCGUUCUCGGUCAGAUUCAGGCCAUAACUCAGGAGAUCCCUAAAGUUCUAAAGUACGCACUUGAACUGAACAAGAGGACUGAAACUUGUUCUUCCGUGGUACAAUUUGUGGAUGCUUGGAGGCAAGUGGCAGAGGUGUUAGUCAUGUACAUUCCCUUAGAGAUAAUUUCUUCGACAGAACAACAAAUUAUAAGUAUCUGCCUGCUUAAACAUAUUUUAAAAAAAGUUGUGAAAGUACAACUUUUACCGGAAGUUUCUAGAUAUACAUCUGGGGCCGUUUUAUUAAUGAUGACUAAUUUAAAAAAGUGUUAUAUUCACGAUAAGAAAAUGCUAAGGACGUCAAACCUUCAUAGCGACACGAAUGUGAAUGUAAUGAAACUUUAUUACAGUUCCCUAAAGGAAAUUCUGGAACGUCUUGUAGAAUGGAUCAUGAUAUCCGAUGUCAUAGAUGGAGAAUUAAGAAUUAACCUGUACGCUGCGUUAGUAACGUUUUUACAACUGACAAAUGCGGAUGUUCCACACGACAGUACUAUUUUCAAUGAUAGUCUUUAUAUAAGCCGUUUGGAUAGUUCCCGGGUGAAUACUGCUGACAGAGAUUUGCAGAUUCAGUUUUCAUCGGACAUUUUAUCCAAGUUUGGAGAAAAAUUGGUGGAAGUGUUAUGUCAUGAUUGUAUCGGCGGUCAAGAGAUUUGUAAAAUUCUUGCAAUGUCGAGCUUUAGCCAUUUGAUAAUGUUAUCUGGUAACAUAAAUUCGAUUAUGUUCGUGUCAAGCCGUGGCUAUUUAAGGCACAUAAUUCAAAGUAUAAUGGACAGCGACACCGAUUUAAGGAAUAUGUUGGAACUACAAGCGGAGUCUAUAAAACCGCUAUAUUUGUAUAUGGCAAAAAUAUUGUUAUUGAUGAGAUUAGCGGGAACCAAGAUGGGGGCGGAGAUGAUACUGGAACAAAAGUUGCUGGCUUGCUUUAGCAACAUGUCGGUUUUUGCUUUUCAUCCCGAAAUAUCGAAAUCUUGGCAUAAAGAUGAUGUAUUAGAAGAUUUCUUACCGCCAGUCGAACAGCAGUAUCUUCAGAUAUGGCUUCCAACUCUGGACGUUUGUAACGCCAUUCUAACUACGUUAGGAACGGAAAAUCAGUCGGCCGUCGUACAAAUUAUGUAUUUCUUGUUCAGUCACCUGGAUGUAAUCGAAUUAAUCUUACGUUCGGGCAGUCCAGAUUUAUCACCCGAAUCCUUAAAAGAAUUAUCACUUCUUACAUCGGUAUUGUCCCGUAUCGCAAACAAUGAUUUGAUCAACAUCUUAGAAAAUCCCAACGUCGUUCAAAAUAUCAGAGCUCAACUAUAUCGGUUGCAAAAACUCAUGCUAUCGUUACUUCCUAGAUUUAUAUUAUCCGAAGACACAGUGAAACGUCUGGUAAUGCAUCCUUCACGUUCGACCAGUAUGUUUCAGACAUCCGAGAGAUUACUAUACGCAAUGCAGAUUAUGGCCAACCUCCUGUGUUACUCUCAACGUAUAGUUGCAAACCAUGGAAUAGAGCAUGCCGGUGUUGGGGUUAUUUUUUAUCCGUCAUUAAGCGAUCCCUUGUUGCACACUUUCAAUAUAAGAAGUACAUCGAACACCAACGAACAAGAACCUUCAUUAGGUAUAAUUGUUCAACAGUUGAUUAGCACCGUGAAUUACCACCAUCAAGAAAAGGUCACUCACGAUUUAUUGGCAAGAAAACUGAAAGAAAUACCCGAUAUGAAUUCGCUAGAUCUGCGCCAUUAUAUUGAGGAGUCCGUCGACAAUACAGAUUUAUCAUCAAAGAGAGAAAGGGCAUACGAGAUUAUUUCGGAAAGGCUUAAGAAAAAGAAAAAAGAACUAAAAUACUGUGUAUUUAUUAUAGAAAAUGCUCUAUAUCUAAUAUGGUCCCAUCUUGAUUUCUAUAUGUUGAGAGCUAUACCAAAAUCAAAGAGUUACGGAUACAUUCACUCUAACACUACACUAAAUCCAGAUAUGGCUCUCGCAUCUGCCUCGGAAGCCACAUGGAAAGUGUCCUCAGACAUCAUCAGUAAUUUGAAACAAGGGUUGGUUUCUCUUUUUAACGACAGUUUUAGUAAACAACUGCUGGAGACGGCUCAGGGCCGAACUGAAUUAGAUAAAGGAUUCAUUGAAGUACUAUUAAGGAAAAUUAAACGACUCAUUCAAUUUGUACCAGUUAAAUAAUUGAAUAUUUGUCCGAUUUGAAACUUUAAAUAAAAUAUAAUUUUAUAUUAG